GUCGAUUUGCUCAGUCGUGUCGUUUUCUUCAUUUUUUUUUUUUUUCUGAAACGACGCAAGGUGUUAUAAUUAAUUGAACAAAUACUGUGUCAUAAUGUGAUCUUACGUCAAUUUUGAUGACUAUAUUGACACCGGUGCAAAAGUUUAUGUAUUCGGUAGUGUGUAUGAACAGAACUGUUCAUUAAUUAACUUAUUUGUGAAAUAAUUUUACUGAGACUCAAUGAAACUGUUAACAAACGCGAAUGGGUGUUCUGGUGUUCAAUUAAUAAUUGAUAAAUAUUGAAUUAAUAUAUUGGAUUGGUAAUUAUUGAUAUGUGUUCUGGGAACUAAAAACGUCAGCAGGUGAUUCAUGAUGACAGAUAAUCUAGAUUCAUUAGAAUUGUAAAAUUAUAGUUCAAUCGAACGGAAUGACUAUACGUCUUCAAGAAGUGGUGAGAUCGGAAGUGGAAGGUGGUUUAGCAGGACCAGCCAAUCCGAUACCAAGCCAAUCGAUCGAUUGUGGUUGUGCACAAUUACGAUGUCCGAAAUUAGCAAAAUAUGCAACUCGACGGCUCUUCGUUGGAUUGUUAUCAUGGGUCGGUUUGAUUCAAGCAGCCGCGUAUGCUUACUUAUACGUGGUAGGGCAUACAAUCGCAAGAAGAUUCCAAUUUGACCCUUAUGUAAUGGAAUGGGUGCUCUUAAUAUCAGAUUUGAUACCCUUUUUUCUUGGAUUAUUGAUUGCCUAUUGGGGUAAUAGAAUCCAUAGAGCUAGUUGGAUCGGUGCUAUAGUUCUUCUGCAAAGCGUUUCAUAUUUUAGUUUAAUAAUUCCUCACUUAACACAUCAAACGAGGAUUAUUGAAGAUACCGAAAACGUCACACAUAUGGCGCUAUAUUCAGAUGAUCAUCGAGAAUUAUGUUCAGAAGUUACAGCUAGUAUCAUCGCUGAAGGAGACUCACCAUGUUAUUUCACCUUUGGUGUACUCAUUGCUGUGCAGAUUAUAACUGGAGUGUCUAAUAUUGCAUAUUUCGCAUUAGGUCUAUCUUACAUAGACGAUAAUACAAAAACGAAACACGUGGCUGCCUUCAUCGGUGUCGUGAUCGGUGUGAAAAUUAUUGGUAUUUUGUUGGGCUACAUCCUGGCAUGGGGUUGUCUUAGAAUUGAUGCAGUGACCUUGACCCCAGUAGAGUCCUACAGGGAACAAAUUGGUGCAUGGUGGCUAGGACUACCAAUCCUUACACUGUUACUUAUAAUUCCUGGCUUACUACUUUCGUGGUUCCCACGUAUGCUGCCAUCCCAGGUCGUCGAACGAGCUGCAGCAUCCUUAUUGAACAGUUCAGAUAGAUACAUUUCAGCACCUCGAAGAUUAAUUAGUCAAAAAAUAGGCAGCCCUAAUUUUUGUCCUUCAGUGGGUAGAUUGUUCGUUAAUAAAACAUUAAUAUGCCACGUUCUGGCUUGUACUCUGUACCUUAUGGCUAUCGUGAAUUUUAUGGCCUAUGAGAAUCUUAUCGCCGAAUCAAGGUUCCAUGUACCAAAACCAACUGGAACGUUACUGGGUUUCGAUGAUCCAAUGCCAUCCAGAGUAGUGUCAAAUAUGUUAAAGCCAAUCCUAAUCGGCUUAAUCAUCAUCACCUCAGGUUUGGUAAUAGCGAAAGCGAAACCCAACGCCAGAAGUAUCAUAGGAUACAAUAUCAUUAUUAUAUUUUUAUCUGCCGGAAUUAUAUUCGCACUAUCAGCCACUUCUUGCAUGAAGAAGCCUAUCGUUGGUACUGAUAGUAAAGGCUCGUUGCAACUGCUGAGAUAUUGCAACAAAGAUUGCCGUUGUUCGGCUGACGCUGAUUUCCGUCCUGUGUGCGACAGCAAAGGGAUGUACACAUUCUAUAGCCCUUGCCAUGCCGGAUGCACCUCCUCUGAUUACAAAAACGGGAUAACAAUGUAUGAUGGUUGUAAAUGCGUGCAAGCAAUGCCUGGUUCGAAUAGUAUGGAAGCCAUUGAUGGACCUUGUGGUUUGAAUGGUUGCCAAGUUAGUUGGUUAAGCUUUGAGUUUGGCACUUUACUAGUGUACAUACUGAUUGCUUCAACAUUUGUGGGUGACUUUUUGAUACUCUUAAGAUCAACCCACACACAAGACAAAGCGAUCAGCGUGGGCUUCUGGCUGAUGUGGUCAGCAUUAAUUGUGAACGUUCCUGGAAAAAUUCUAUACGAAGUAAUUGCCAAUUUGACGUGUCAGUAUUGGGGCACUCGAAGGACCACGUGCCGUCUUCAUGACAGUUCCAAACUCGGCGAUUUCCUGUGUUAUGUCACCGGCUCUCUGUUGGUCCUAAGUGUUUUGUUGAAAAUGCUGCUAUGGGUCUUUUCUGAAGAUCUCAAACUCUACGUUCAAAAGGAGGAAGCAACUACAGGGGCUGAGAUGCAGGAAUUAAUUCAAAAUACUACUGCUGCGACUAGACAACAAACAGAACAGCCUAACACUGAAAAUAAUAACGAAACCACAGUUCAGGUGGAACCAAGGAGAGAAUCAACACCCCCAAUAACCAACAUUUCUCAAGAAGAUUCGGAACGUCAAGAAGCUGAAAAGGCACCUUUGAAAUACGGUCCUCUUGGUCCUGGCGAUCGUCGAACCGAUUCAAAAUCCUCUCUCAAUCAAAUAUCGCAGACUCCUAGAUCAACAAUGCGAUACCUAGACUCCGAGGACGAUUUGAGUUCCAGUGACGAUGACAGAAAAGACCCUAGUCCCAAGGUAGCAUACAAACCACUGGACCUCGAUUCCGACGUGGAAAGUGAUUUGGUAAACGUACCACCGAGAUCACGAAAACGUAUCUCUAGCAAAGAGUACGACAGCUCUUCACCUUCGAAACGCGAAUUUCCAAACCCGGAUAACUAUGAUGAUCCAAGGUUAACCAGACAAAUGAGAUACAAUAAUGCAGAUGGUUCUUCAGAAACCAGCAGCUUCGAGUACUCUAAACAGAGACAUGAAAAUGAGAUACAAACGAAGGGAGACUUCAAUGAAGUUGGUAUACCCAUAGUGGAUUCCAUUCCUUCGGGAGCUCCUAAGUCUGAUUCACGUUUUAUGAAAGAUGUGAAAUCGUUAAUUAAUAAAUAUGAAUUGAAUGCAGAGCAGCAAGCUAGUGGAGAUCAAGCGUCGGUUAAAUCUGGAGGAAGUGUUAGAUCAGAGGGUAAAAUUGUUUCUGGAAUACCAUUGGUAGCCAUGGCAUCGAAGAAACCUUCUUCAAGGAACCCGUCUUCUUCAGGGUUCAAUAGUAUUGAUAAUAAUAGGUCAGAGUCGCGCGAAAGCAACAGUCCAAAAACGUCCAGCAAAGGCAGUGUAGGUACCCUCCAUACAGACUUUUAAUGUUCAUUACACUGUUUUGAGGGAAAUCAUCGUAUCGAAGUAAGUUUAUAGAAAUAUCUUAUUUAUUUUUGUGAAGACAUCUCGUUGUUGAAUAUUGCAUUUAUAAUAACAGUUUGUUGUACAGGAAAGUUUAUUAGGAACAUAGCUAGAUUAGAGAUAUUUCCGAACGAUGGGAGAUAAGAGUUAAGAACAGUUUCAUGAUAUCAGCAGUUAUGUUAGCCUUAUGUUUGAUGUAGAUAGAAAAGUUAUUGGAGAUUGUGCAAGAAUUCUCAUCGAAUCUUUUGAUUGUGCUAAAAAUACACUUCUUUGUUUUUUGUAUUGUAAUUAUGAGAAUUUUUUAUUCGAAAUUGUAAUUUAGAACAUUCCUGGGGGUUAUUAAUUCAUUAAAUUAAUUCUUGCAAAAAAUAAUGAAAUUAUUUUGAACUCGUAUGAAAUUGCCAGAUAUCUCCAAAUUUUCCUGAUAUAUUCUGUAAAUACGAAAAGAAUUAGAAUCCUGUACGAAAAGUGCAUGAUAAAAAAAUUUUUAAUUGUUAUUGUAAUGUGUAAAUCAUAAGAAAUAUGUUACUGAUAUUUAUUUCAUAUUUUGUUAAGAUCAUUUACCAGUAAGUAGAAAAAAUUUAUUACAUGUUUCGAAAAACUUAAAAAGUCUCAUAACUACAGAUUCUCCAUUCCAAAACAAAUCGAAAAGUCCUGUACCAUUUUACGAUCAAAGGCCCUGUUUCUGAGAUAUAAGCGAUUAAAGAUUGAAUGUUUGCGAAUGCGCGGGUACCGUUUAAAUUGCGUCGUUACACGUGACUUCCUGUGCGCGCCCAAUUCAAACUUAGAAACAAAGCCCCGAAUCGAAGACACUUUGGAGACACUUUGUGUUCCUGUACAAGAAAUAGAACAGAAAAUUUGUUACAAGUUGUGAUUAUAAAUUUUUGCAGAAUCCGUAUGCUUAAAGCAAUAAAGCUUAUUAUUACGUAACAUAGAUCUUGUAGAAAAAGAACUGUAUUUUAUACGUAUUUUAAUUACAUAUUCAUGACUGUAUUAAAGUAACACUGCCAUCACAUAUAUUGCAAAAUAAUUUUAUCAAAUAAAAAUAAACUAAUGUUUAAGAACUUUAUGUAAUAUCCUUUCUAUUAAAUGCAUUUUUGUUUCGUUAAAUUUCACCUGUUAUUUUACCAAAUUAUGACUUAACGAAAUAUGAAACUAUUCAUUUUUAUUAAUGACGUAUUACUGACAAAACAUGAACAUGACAUUCAUACAAUGUCCUACAUUGCAAUUCAAAAAAUGAGGUUUUCUAUGAUUUAAAAUGAGUGUCAUUUUAAUUAUAAUUAUGACAAAAAGAGUUAUAUUUAAUCUCUUGUUUAAAUAAAGAGCUACGUUUUACUUAAUUACUAUAAAAAUGUUUAGAAGUUGAAUAAUUUGAAAUUCAUUUUCGUGUGGAUAAAGUUGUUUUAUUGAAAGAUAUAUGUUAUUAAAAUUACAAAAUGAUAGACCUGUUUAAAUUUUCAAUUAUUUAUUGCUUGCUUUUGUUCUCGCUGUUACCACCAUUAUAAGCCUUAUUUCUGUUCCAUCUACCAACUUUACGCAUCAAUAUUUUAUUUAAGUGAAUGGAUCAAUUAUUUCCUUCCCUUACAAUCAUUUAAAAACAUGUUAUGCGUAAUUAAUAUAAUCCUAAAAUAAUUGUGAUCAAAUUUGGGUAACACCUUUUAUUUUAUUGAAUAAACUUAAUACCUAUUCGAGGUUGCGAAUUAAAACCAACAUGAUGUAUGGCACCCUACCGUUAAAUUCAACGUAGUAACACUUCCGUUCACCGAUAUAUACAUAGUACAUUGUACAGAAUUCAAAGAUCUCCAAUUAUUACAAAUUGUAUAACAAAACCUUUUUAGGUGUCUUCCUUUGAUUUUAAUAAAACUGAAGUAUAUUAAGUGAACUUAAAAAAUAAACUACAUGUGUUUUUAUAUAAUUUAAAAGGGUAAAAGCCACCUGUAAAAUUGGGCAUAUAACAGGAUAAUUUAAUAUUUAGUUUAUACUGUAAGGAACCACUUCUAGAAAACUUUUUUAAAGUCUCUAUGUCCAAAGGGUGAAGCACCCCUAAAAUACUCCUACCCCCUAUUUACUUUUCCACAUAUUUUCGUGUGUCUACAAAUGUUUUUCUGGAAUAUAACAUAUCUCAAUUUUAUUGAAAUUAAAGGGAGAUACCGCGGGGAGUUCCCUCGUUAGUUUACACGUGCCAAAAAUUAUUUCAGGCUCCUCAUAAAUGAUGAGAAUAUAUCUCGUUGACAAUGAUCAUGAGGCGAGAAGAGUAAAAAAAAGAAAGAAAUUAAAUUCGUUUUCUGUCUCAAAUGCUGUGCCUCACGAAUGAACUAGUUAAUGGUAAGUUCUAUCCGAGGUACUACGAGUUCGUUUUUUUUAAAUAUCUAAGAAGAUGCUUAAGGUACUUGUAAAGUCUUUAUUCGUCGGCUCUCUCGUUUUCCAUCUUUCCCGUCUGGUUUUUUUGUUUUGUUUCUUUUGCUCUUCGACCAACGACUUUGCAGUUCGAACCUUUAUUCCACCUUUUUUACUUGAAACGAAGCGAUCUGACUCGAUCGUUAAGGACUCACUUUCAAAGUGUCUCCCCGGGUUCCUCGGCUAUGUCUUUCAGCUCGAUCUCCUCGUCGAAGAUC